CUGCCUUUGCUCUGGACGGACGCGCUGUUGCGACACUCCUCAAGCUCUCCGGGGGUGUCCGUGCGCACUUCCUCCCUAUUGCGCUUGCAACUAGUCCCAGUAUUUGCUUGCUAUCGUACCUCAUCCCCCCCACCCCAACCCCCCUGUCCCCCCUGUCCCCCCUCAACCCGGUGGUAUAGUCCGACGCUCAAGGAGAUAGAGCGCAGUUGUCUGCUGCAGGUCGCUCGGAGAGGGACGCACACAGCGGCUGAGGACACAACACUAGAACCCGUCUUGAUUCUGUCUCUCCUGCUUAGAGUGCAAGUCCGAUUUCCUCUCCUUAUUUCUGUCUGGCAUUGCCAUCAACGUUGGGAAUACAAACAUCUUCUAAGAAUCAGUUUGAAAAGGACAGACAGCCUUCUCUGCCCCCCUCCCCACACCCCAGUGAUGCUUAGCUGCUCUUUCUCAGAGGCCCACCUUGGCAGUUAGAGGAGAGGUCAUCACCAUGACAGCGUCCUCGCAGGACUCCACCCCCUCGUCUAUGGCUGGCCUCUUCCCCCUCCUCCUCCUCCUCCCAGCUGUCCUCGCGCAGAACCCUGCUGACCAAAUGACUCUGUCGUUGUUUGACCCGCUGACCCAACCGGAGUGCACAAAGAAAGAACAUCCAAAGGUUUCCAUCCAAGCGCUCAGUCCGUGGAUUUCUACUUUCUCCCGCCCAGGCGUGAGAGACUUCUCCCAGCUCACCCUUGACCUGACUAGGAAUGAGCUUAUUGUUGGUGCCAGAAACUACCUGUUCAGACUGGACCUCAGUAACAUGUCGCUGAUACAGGCGACAGAAUGGGCACCGGACGAGGAAACGAGGACAUCCUGUCAGAGCAAAGGCAAAACAGAGAUUGAAUGUCAGAACUACAUCAGAGUACUGCUGGUGAACAAGACUGAGGUCAUGACCUGUGGAACCAAUGCUUUCCAGCCACUAUGCAUCACUAGAGAGGUAGGCAACAUGAGCAGUGUGCUAGAGCGGGUAAACGGUGUGGCGCGCUGCCCGUACGACCCUCGCCACAACUCCACGGCGGUGGUGACAGAGAGUGGAGAGCUGUAUGCUGCUACCGUCAUCGACUUCUCUGGUCGUGACCCUGUCAUAUACCGCAGCCUUGGCGGCAUGCCACCUCUCCGGACUGCACAGUACAACUCCAAAUGGCUCAAUGAGCCCCACUUUAUCUCAGCGUACGACAUCGGCCUCUUCACCUUCUUCUUCCUGAGGGAAAACGCAGUGGAGCACGACUGCGGCAAGACAGCCUAUUCCCGCGUGGCACGGGUCUGCAAGAACGACAUUGGCGGGCGAUUUCUCCUGGAGGACACCUGGACUACGUUCAUGAAGGCGAGGCUCAACUGCUCCCGCUCCGGGGAGAUUCCGUUCUACUACAAUGAGCUGCAGAGCACCUUCUACCUGCCUGAGCAAGAUCUCAUCUAUGGCAUCUUCACGACCAAUGUCAACAGUAUAGCAGCAUCUGCGGUCUGUGCCUUCAACCUGAGCGCCAUCUCCCAGGCCUUCAAUGGGCCCUUCCGCUCCCAGGAAAACCCUCGCUCCACCUGGCUUCCCACUACAAACCCCAUCCACAACUUCCAGUGUGGGACUAUAGAUGAUGAGGGUCCCAACGAGGGCUUGACGGAGCGCAGCCUGCAGGACGCCCAGCGGCUCUACCUGAUGAACGACGUGGUCCAGCCGGAGUCUGUUGAUCCGCUGGUCAUGCAGGAUGAUGUUCGGUUCUCCAACUUGGUCGUGGACAUUGUUCAGGGCAUGGACACCCUCUACCAUGUUAUGUACAUCAGCACAGAAUAUGGCACCAUCUUAAAGGCACUGGCUACGCCCAACAAGAAUCUACAAGGUUGUUAUUUGGAGGAGAUGCAGCUUCUCCCAAAGGGGGUGCGAGAACCAAUCCUGAGUCUGCAGAUCCUGCACAGCGACAGGUCACUGUUCGUCGGGCUCAACAACCGAGUCCUUAAGAUCCCGCUGGAGAGGUGCUCCACCUACAAAACUGAGAUGCUGUGCUUGGAGGCGAGGGACCCCUACUGUGGCUGGGACUUCAGGCAGCGCAGAUGUACCACACUGGAGGACAGCUCCAACAUGAGCCAGUGGAAGCAGAACAUCACUGUUUGUCCGCUGCGGAACCAAACCAUCAAUGGUGGCUUUGGGACUUGGGCGCCAUGGCAACCCUGCAACAACGAUGAUGAUGUAGAUGGUGUGAGCUCCUGUUUGUGUCGCUCCAGGUCUUGUGACAGCCCUGCACCUCGAUGUGGUGGCAGAAAUUGUGAGGGCCCCAACAUUGAAGUCUCCAACUGCUCGAGAAAUGGAGGCUGGACGCCCUGGUCGUCAUGGGGACAGUGCAGCACAACCUGUGGUACGGGCUUCGAGCUUCGCCAGCGUUCUUGUAACAACCCCUCACCUAGACAUGGUGGCCGUGUGUGUGUGGGGCCGAGCAGGGAAGAGAGGUUCUGCAAUGAAGGGGUUUCCUGUCCCCAGCCCAUCUUCUGGUCUCCGUGGGGCUCCUGGACCAAGUGCAACACGGAGUGCGGGGGAGGUGUUCACUCCAGGGUCCGCAUCUGUGAAAAUGGCAACAGCUGCCCAGGAUGUGCAUUGGAGUACAAGGCCUGUAACCUGGAAGUGUGUCCAGAGGUAAAGAGGAACACACCUUGGACCCCCUGGCUGCCUGUCAAUGUGACUCAAGGUGGAGCUCGUCAGGAGCAAAGGAUGCGCUACAUGUGCCGGGCCCACCUGUCUGAUUCCCACAAGCUGCAGAUUGGACGCAGGAAGGUGGAGACACGCUUCUGUCCCAACGAUGGUACAGCACCCUGCGAGACAGAUACCCUUGUCGAGGAGCUCCUGAAGACACCACUGGUGAGAGUGGCGGGUGCUGGCUGGUCAUCAUGGGAAACCUGGUCCAGCUGCUCACAGAGCUGUGCCAAAGGCUACCGUACCCGACGGCGAAGCUGCAGCGGACCAGAGGGGAAGAGCGCCCCUGUUGCAUGCCAUGGGUCACCUGUGGAGUACCAGGACUGCAACGUCCAGGCAUGUCCAGUAAAAGGUGCAUGGUCCUGCUGGUCGUCUUGGUCUCAGUGCUCAGUUGGUUGCGGCGGCGGUCACUAUCAACGCACACGCUCCUGUAACAGCCCUGCACCCACUAACGGAGGGGACAUUUGCAUUGGACUACACACUGAGGAGGUCUUGUGUAACACACACACCUGCGAUGAUUGUUGUGUGGCAAGAAGGGAGCAGAUGGUGGAGACUGAGCACCAGACUGAUAGCAAAGGUGGCUGGAUGGCCUGGUCGCUAUGGUCAGUCUGUGAUGAUUCAGGCUCGCAGAUGAGGAGUCGGGUGUGUGGUGCUCAGGCCAACACCCCCUGUGUCGGAAACAGCACUCAGCACAGAGACUGCAAUGAAAUACCCGUCAUUCUCCCUGCAUCUGGUUUUGAUAAGGAUCAACACUGUGGAGCAUUUACCUCCAUCCACCUAAUCGCCACCGGUGUUUCCUGUUUCCUCGGGGCGGGGCUGCUGUCCUUCCUGAUCUAUGUCUACUGUCAACGUUUCCAUAAGCCUUCGCAGGAGUCUGCCGUCAUUCACCCCACCACCCCGAACCACCUCAACUACAAGGGCAACACCACGCCAAAGAACGAGAAGUACACACCCAUGGAGUUCAAGACGCUUAACAAAAACAACCUUCUGCCAGAUGAAAGGUCCAACUUCUACCCAACACCGCUCCAACAAACAAACGUCUACACUACCACCUACUAUCCCACGGCGCUCGGCAAAUAUGACUACCAGCCCAACUCAUCCCCUUCGCCGUGUAGGACCUACAACCAAAACAACAACAGCUGAGAAAAGCCCCACAACUGGCUCUCCGAACCCCCGGCCAACAGACACCCCCCCAAUGCCAUGGUGACAUAACUGAACCGACACGAACUGAAACAUUUCUCAGAGUUCGGCCAGGUUCUUCUGUUUCCUUGCCCCUCUCCUCGCUUCGGUAGUCUCUUCCGCAUGGUAGGGUUUGUGUCUUCAAGGGCAUUUCUGUAAUUUUCCAUCAGGAGAUGUGUGUUUGGACAACAAUGGCUGUGUCCUGGUGCAGUCGGGGGUGUGCUGGGGGGGUGUUAUUUUAAGGGCCUGACUGGAUAUAGCAGUGUCAACUCAGAGCUUCACGUGGGGAUCUGGCGGAAAGUUCUGGCGGGACAACCCAUGGCUUUAGACAUUUUGUCAUAACCAGAGCUCCUCAGCACAGAUGUUGUAAUAAUCCACAGUUCUGGAGACGAACAUUACCAGAACAUUUAAAAACAUUACAUUUCUUUGGAUCUGGAUCACAGUUUUACGCCUCUCCAAUAUUAACCACAUUCUCAGCCUGUAAUGAACUAUGACUCCCUCGACAACAACAGCAGUUACUGAGACAAACUACGCGUAUCGUUAUGUCCUUGUCACAUGGUGCAGACGAACAACAUAAGAGAAAACUCAAUGAAGUCAAUGAUUAAAUAAAUUAAAGGUCAAUAUCAGCUUUGUUGAGGGACGGAUGCACGCCCUCCAUUGUUGGUAUUUCACACGACAGAAAAAGAUUUGAACUUCAGAUUCUUCAGAUUAAGUUUUUGGAUGGCUGUUUGUAAGAGUCACAACACUAAACAUUAGCCUGAGUUUGCCGGAGCUGCACUUCUUUUGUGGAAAAGGACAUUAAAAAAAUCUAAAACAAGGGGGAAUGUGGGAAGCGGUCUGAACUGUACAUAAAGCUUUGGGAAUGCCUUGGGUGCCUGUAUGCAAUGGAAGGCAGGGGCAAGGUUUGUUUUCUAUUUCUUCUGUUUUCGUUUUUUUCCAAGAACAUUAAACACUAUUGAAAGGGAAUUGAUUGAUUCUCCAAUUGAUUCUCCAAUGGAUGCAUCAAUUCUACUGAGUGCUCAAUAGCUCGGUGGUCAUAUCAAAUAUGGCCAGUGUGCUGAACAAAUGGAUUGGGUUUUCUAUGAUGGUAGAAUAAGCUAGUAGAUUGGCACUUCUUUUUUAAUGUUUGUUUUUGUAAUGUUUUGUUUUACAUAUAUUUGUUUUAUUCUCAAACAAGCUGUAGCAUAGGAGGAAAUAUUUUGUUAAAAAAAUUGCUUAUUAAUUCUUGUUUCUCUAAUUUCACUUCACUGAAUGAACACAUUCUUUUCUUUUCUAAAGUUUGGUAACUGAAAUGUUAACACAAAAUAAAUUAUUGAUAUGGUUUUUACAAAGAAUGACUAACAUAACAUCAAUUUGGCAUUCCCUGGAAAAGAAAAAGUAAAUUAUGCUUGCUUAGAAGUUUUGUGUGUGUGUGUGUGUGUGUGUGUGUGUGUGUGUGUCUGUGUGUGUGUGUGUGUGUGUGUGUGUGUGUGUGUGUGUUUGUGUGUGUGUGUGUACAUGCAAACAUGUACUCUCUGCGUGUCCGGAUGCCUAAAUAAGCAGAGGGGAGUUGCUGUAUUUUGUACAAUAAAUGCUUUCAUACAUACGACUAUAUAUGAGGAUGUCUGUAAAAAUGUUUUUUUAUGCAUUUUUUCCCACAUUGUGUUGCUGACACUCCUUGCUACUGUUCUUUUUCUAUAUUUCAUUGAUGAGAUGUUAAUCAUUAUAAGUUAAAGCAUUGCGCCUCUGGUUCCUGCGGCGGUGGAACUGACACUAUUUAUAGUCAAAGCUUGGUUUAUAAAAGGGCAUUUUCACAGCUAUAUUUUAAUAUUAUUGCCUGAUUGAUGAAUGCUAACCCAGCAAUGCUUUUCAGUUCAGCUACUGUACAUGCACGAGAUGAGAGCUCUAUCUGUAUAUACGAGCAACAGCCUUCUGCAGCCCAUUUAAUGACCCUGCAGAGGAUCGUGUAAAUGUAUCUGUAUAUUGUAUAGCUAACACUGUUUGUUUAAAAAAAGCCUUAUAGUUGUUUAAAAAAAAGUGCAGCAGCUAAGUACACACCAACCAUGAGGUUUGUUUGGGGACAGCGCUCCACAAUGUGACCGACCGCCUGUGUCUUAUGACCUUUCCCAGCUGCUCAAACAUCAAAUUUCCAGAGAAACAUGAAUCCAGACCGGAAAUAGAAUGAUAACUAAAUAAUUAUGAGAAACUAGUAAAAUCUAUGGACUGCAAACAGUCAUAUAUAAUGGGUAAAUUCAUUUCAGAAGUUGUCAUAUACCAACUAAGCCUCUAUUGACCCUGUUGGUCAUCUGAUUGGUCCAUUUUUCAGCUCUGUCCCCAGCGGUGUGAGGCUCUGUGCCCUUCUAUGCAACUUACCAGGUGUACUGUUAGACAUGUCAUGUAGACUGUAAUCACUGCCUUUUAGACACUGUGAAUUUUUUGGUACCCUAUAUUUUUGUAUAUUGUACAUUAUAAAGGAUAAUAAACCUUGAUGCCAACACAA